UACCGUAACAUUCCUCGAUAAGAACGGCGUACGGGUUCGGUUUGACCUUGUGUUGGUUGCCGGCUUUGAGGAUGUUUUCGAGCCCGUUCAGAGCCACUGUCACUAUCUUUGGGUCCAUCACAGUCAGCAGUUCGCACAUCGGUGCAAUACAACCUGCAUGAACCUGUAGGAAGUGAUGAUAAGAAAACAUAUUAGUAUAUUUUAAUGUUUAUUUCUAGAAGAAGUUACUGAAUUCAUACCAAAUAUUUGAUCUGGUCAACGGUGCCACCACUAGUCGCAUUGGUAAUCGCCCAGGCCGCUUCCUUCCUGGUUUUGAAGUCCGCCUUCGACAGCAGAUUGAUGAUGCUGGGGAAGAUGUUGGCAUCGAUAACGGCCUGGAUCUGAUGCCGAUUGCCAGCGGCAAUGUUGGAAAUUGUCCAGCAAGCCUCUUUCCGGAUCGAGUCCUUGGCCGAACUCAGCAGCGUCAGUAUACACGGUAAGGCGUUGCAGUUUAGAAUCAGCUGCGUUUGACUGUCGUUACCGGUCACAAUGUUACCCACAGCACGGAGAGCUGCCGACACUACGUUAUUAUUCCCGUGCCUGAAGUUAAAGUUAAAGCCGUAAGUAAACCGCCUAUCAAAUAGAAUCAAUAACAAAUUUACAUAAGCAACUCCACGAGCCUCCGACAGCAGCCAGCUUCGAUGACAGCCUGGAUAUUGUCAUUCGGUCCGUCCGACAAAUAACUCACAGCCCACACGGCAUCGCCCAAUACUUCCACGUCGUUGUGGAACAUUAACCGGGCAAGACUGGGCAGUCCUUUCUCCACCUUGGAAAAGUCCGGAGGAGGGUUUUUGCCGCGGCACAAAUUCGAUAGAGCCCAAACAGCAUUGCGGGUAAGGUUAAUGCGGGAAGAUGAGUUCAAAACGCUGGAAAAAUAUGUCUGUCAUAUUCUAAAACUCUCAUUUUAUCGAACCUGAACAACUUACUGUAACAAUGGUUCCAUAACUCCAGCGUCCAAAACGAAGUUUCUGCACUCUGGAGAAUCCCCAGCGAUAUUGCCCAAAGCCCAGACGGCCUGUUCCUGUACAUCGAUAUGCUCGCUUUCCAGCAGUCCAAUGAAAAUGGGAACUGCCCCGGCAGCUAUCACUACGCUGGUUUGCUCUGAAGUUCCGGAUGCGAUGUUGGUCAAAGCCCAAGCCGCUUCAAACUGUUUCGAUUAAUAAAUUAUUUCUUGCUUUGCAAAAUUGAUCGAAAAUCCUACCUGCAGUGUCGCAUUGGAUGAGUUGGCCAGAAAUUCAACAAACCGCGGGACGAUAUUAUGCUGGAUGACCUGAUCAAUGGGUGGAUUUGGCUCUUUCGAAAGCAGCUUCCGGAAUUUCUGGGUAGCAUUCAGUUGAUCCUCCACGUUCGGACUGUACAGCGCCUGGAUGGUUUCCUGCUUGAUCAGCGGUAUCUGCGGGUCUGUCGUUUGCACUUCGUCCUAGAAAUAGAAUAACUGAGUGUUGUAAUUCUUUUUUGUUGACACCACACGAAACCCAUACCGUAAGGAUAGCUUCCUGAUCUCCUUCCUCGGCCACGUUCACAUUGCGGCGCUUGCUCAGUUGCUGUUCACGUUUCUGCUUACGUAGCUGGAUUCCUUCCUCCUCGCGGCGGCGGCGCAACUCUGUCGAGUCUAGGCCAACGUUUUUGUAACGAUGCCGAUGUGCUGCGUUGUUAGACAUCUAGAACGUGGAAUAAAAUGGGAAAGAUUAUGCUUCAACUGGAACUAACGAUCAUUCCAAACAAUGAGUUCACAGAAAGAAAAUACGCCACAUUCCAAGGAAAGAGGCAAAAGUAAGAAACAAGCAGGUGACGAAACGGAGAAACUGUUGAUGAUGGAUUUGUUGCACAAAUAUAACGAUAUCAAAGAUGCGACCCAAAAGGUGCUGGGAGCGUUAGCAGUUCUCGAAGGAGUGACGGUGAAGGAAAUGCACGAGAAGUACAAUCUUCCAUUAGAUUCUUGAUCUUUUAAUAUUUGCUAUAAUUUUCUAUCAAGAUAAUAGAAUAUAAGCAAGAGCGAUGCUUCUUUAUUGUUACUUUUUAUAACGACGCAACGUAAAAAUAUUAAAUUUGCUCUGUAAUCAUUUCUGAAAUUUCAGCAUAAGAGAGAGUAAUGUGAAAAUAAAAACAAUUAAAAAUUUCAUAAAC